ACUUUGACUUUGUUUGAAGCGAUAAACAAGGCGCGGAGAAAUGAAGACGAUGAGAAGAAACAGCUGCAAAAAAAAAAACCACACACAAAUUUGCAGAAAAAACUGUUCGUAAUCGAUCAAUGAAAUAGUUUUUUUUUCUUUUCCUUCUUCAUUAGAUUAUUAUACAAAAUAAAUCUCGAUUUUUCGUGUCACCUCUCAAGAUCUGUUCCAAUUAUCAUCAACGAGAAAGGGAGAAAUAUAAAAUCAAUUUCGAACCGUUGCUGUUUGAAUCGAUAAUCGCAAUUUGGAUCUCCGAUUCCACGAAACCCUAACGAGUUCCGAUGUCUAGGUUCGUUAAUCGAAGAAUCGCUAGAAACGGGAUCCGCGAAUCGGAUCUAAGGUCGGGUUGAGGCUACCCGGAUGAGAGUAACCGGAAUCGAAACGAUAUGAACUGGGGAACAUUGCUCAAGGACUUCAAGGAUAAGGUCGGAUUCGCUGACGCAACCGCCGCCGGCGACGCUUCUUCUUCCCGUGACCUCGUUCUUCCGCCGUCUCCACCCUCACCUUUCACGUCCUCUAGCCACGCCGCCUCUCCUCAGCAUGACCUCAGUUUAUUAUCUCCCACAAGUCGAGAGAAAUAUAACUUGGAGGUGGAGUUUAGGAGACACUGGGAAGACUUCUCUUCAUCCACCUCUGAACAGGAGAAAGAAGCCGCCUUGAAUAUGACUGUGAAUACGUUUUGUACACUAGCCAAGCAGCAUGCCAACAUAGAUCAGUUAGUUACCAUGUUAGUAGAAACACAUGUAUUCUCCUUUGUCAUUGGGAGAGCAUUUGUGACAGAUAUUGAAAAGUUAAAGAUUAGCAGCAAGACAAGGUCACUGGAUGUAGAGAAAGUAAUAGAGUUUUUUUCUCAAGUCACCGAGGAAGGUAUAUGUCACGGUGAAAACCUUUUAACUGCUGUUGAAGUCCUUGUAUCUGGGCACAUUGACAAACAGUCUCUACUGGAUUCUGGGAUAUUGGGUUGUCUGAUACACACUCUCAAUGCGCUUCUAACAUAUAGUGUAGCCAGUGAAGGUGAAAAAUCUGUUAAUUUGGAAGAAAAGUUGGAGGAAAGCGUUAUCCAUAUCAUGAAAGCACUGGCAAGCCAUCCUUAUGCUGCACAGAGUUUGAUGGAAGAUGACUCCCUUCAGUUACUUUUCAAAAUAGUUUCCAGUGGUUCUGUCGUGGCUUUCUCUCAAUACAAAGAAGGUUUAGUUUCAUACCGUAACAUACAGCUUCAAAGACAUGCAAUGCAGAUUCUUGGCCAGCUUCUUGUCAAUGACAAUGGGAGCACAGCAAGCUACAUACGUAAACAUUAUCUGGUAAAGGUUCUCCUAAUGGCUAUCAAAGAUUUUGAUCCAGAUUGUGGGGACUCAGCCUAUACAAUGGGCAUUGUGGAUUUGUUACUUGAAUGUGUGGAACUGUCGUACAGACCUGAAACUGGUGGGGUCAGGCUAAAGGAGGACAUACGAAAUGCACAUGGUUACCAUUUUCUUGUACAGUUUGCCCUGGUUCUGUCUUCCAUGCCAAAAGAUAUAGUUGCUGCCUCUAGUAAUUUAUCUCAACACCACAAUAGUGGUUCGGAUGACUCUGAAAUACAGUCACCCCAUUCAAUGAAUAGUAGGCAGAAUGAUGAGUUUGGAUCACAAAGUUUCUCCCCUUCACUAUCAAGAUUGCUUGAUGUUCUUGUCACCUUGGCGCAGACUGGUCCCGUUGAGUUAUCUGGAGGAAGUACCUCACAACUACCUCAAACAAACCCCAGAAGUCAAACACCGUCUGAUAGCAAUCUGUAUAAUGAGACAUGGGAACAAGGAAGUGGUAAAGUAAAAGACCUUGAAGCUGUCCAAAUGUUGCAAGAUAUCUUUCUGAAAGCAGAGAACAAGGAUCUUCAGGCUGAAGUGUUGAACCGAAUGUUUAAAAUAUUCUCAAGCCAUAUGGAAAACUAUAGAAUGUGCCAAGAACUAAGGACUGUUCCACUUCUCGUGCUGAAUAUGGGUGAUUUUCCUUCCUCACAGCAAGAGAUAAUCCUCAAAAUUCUUGAAUAUGCUGUCACAGUUGUAAACUGUGUUCCAGAGCAAGAGCUGUUGUCACUCUGUUUCUUGCUUCAACAGCCAAUCAAUUCUGAGUUGAAGCAUACCAUACUUUCUUUCUUUGUAAAGCUGACAUCUUUUGAUGUACAGUACAAGAAAGUCCUAGGUGAAAUUGGUGUUUUGGAAGUCUUACAAGAUGAUCUGAGACAGCACAAACUUCUCAUGGGUCCAGAUCAAUUUAGUGGUGUUUCCAAUCAUUUGAAUCGGAUACCUAGUUCACCUAGCUUCAAACAACACCUAGAUAGUAAGGAUGCCAUCAUUUCAUCACCAAAGCUGAUGGAAUCUGGUUCAGGAAUGUCACCUAUCUUUGAAGUUGAAAGAACUAUUACCGUUGGUUGGGAGUGUAUGACCUCUUUACUAAAGAAAUCUGAAGCUAAUCAGGAAGCUUUUCGUUCUGCCAAUGGUGUGACCGUUAUUCUUCCACUGCUGCUCUCUGAUGACCAUCGUACUGGCGUUUUGCGAGUUUUGUCAUGCUUAAUCACGGAAGACACUAAUCAGGUCCACCAUGAAGAGUUACAAACUGUUAUCGAUGUGUUGAAGAGUGGAGUGGUCACUGGAAUCUCUGGUCAUCAAUACAAUCUUCAUCAUGAAGCCAUAUGUGAUACCAUGGGUGCUCUGUGGCGUAUUCUUGGGGUUAAUGGCUCUGCUCAAAGAGUGUUUGGUGAAGCCACUGGUUUCUCUCUUCUACUGACCACUCUUGAUACGUUCCCGGAAGUAGAAUGCAGGGAUGACUCUCAUUUGAUGGUUCACAUCAAAUUGUUCAAACAUGUAUUGCGCCUCAUGACAUCUGCAGUGUGUGAGAAUGCUGUUAAUAGGGUGAAACUGCACAGUGUCAUUAUAUCUCAGACAUUUUAUGAUAUUUUGGUGGAGUCAGGUUUGAUGUGUGUUGAUCUGGAAAGACAGGUGAUACAACUGUUGUUAGAACUCGCACUUGAAGUUUUGCUUCCACCUUUUCUGACAUCAGAAUCUUUGGCCUCAGCUGAGAUGGCAGAAAGUGAAAAGUCAAGCUUUCUUGUAAAAACCCCAUCUGGGCAAUUUAAUCCUGACAAGCAGAGGAUAUAUAAUGCAGGUGCUAUCAGAGUUCUGAUCCGUUCACUGUUGCUUUUUAGUGCAAAAAUCCAGUUGGAACUUCUGACUCUUUUGGAAAGGCUUGCACGUGCCACCCCAUUCAACCAGGAAAUUCUCACGUCAGCUGGUUGCGUCGAACUUCUGCUGGAGAUUAUCCACCCAUUUCUUCCGAGUUCAUCUCCAUUUCUUUCUCAUGUCUUAAAGAUUGUUGAAGUUCUUGGGGCGUACAGAUUGUCCCCUUCUGAACUCAAAAUUCUUUGUAGAUAUGGUCUGCAAAUGAGGGUUAAGAAUUCAGGUCAGGCGAUAGUUGGUAUGAUGGAAAAGCUAAUUCUCAUGGAAGACACAGGAAUGGAACAUGGUUCCCUGGCUCCAUUUGUAGAGAUGGACAUGAAAAAAACUGGACAUGCUUCUGUUCAAGUGUCCCUGGGAGAAAGAUCUUGGCCUCCUGCUGCUGGUUAUUCAUUUGUUUGUUGGUUCCAGUCUCGAAACUUUUUUGCAACCCAAGGAAAAGUAGCAGGAGAGUAUGAAGCUGGUGGUUCAUCAAAGACGCAGGUUCUGAGUGGGCAGCAAAGUGAACAAAAUGUUUUCCGGAUAUUUUCUAUUGGUGCAAGUAACGAAAGUCCACUCUACGCGGAACUUUAUUUUCAAGAGGAUGAUAUUCUGACCCUUGCCACUAGCAAUUCAAAUUCUUUGUCAUUUUCUGGAUUAGAAACUGAGGAGGGCAAGUGGCAUCACCUUGCUGUUGUCCAUAGUAAGCCUAAUGCUCUUGCCGGACUCUUCCAAGCUAGCAUCGCAUAUGUUUACAUUGACGGAAAACUAAGGCACAUGGGUAAAUUGGGUUAUUCUCCUUCACCUGUUGGAAAAUCAUUGCAAGUAACAAUUGGAACUCCAGCUACGUCUGCCAGGGUAAGCGAUUUGACAUGGAAAAUACGCUCAUGUUAUCUUUUCGAGGAGGUGCUUACAUCAGGCUGCAUUGGUUUCAUGUAUAUUCUUGGUAGAGGGUAUAAAGGUCUUUUUCAGGAUGCAUACCUCUUACGUUUCGUGCCUAAUCAGGCUUGUGGUGGGGGCAGCAUGGCUAUCCUUGACUCGUUAAACACUGACAUACUGUCAUCGUCCAAUAGCCAAAAAUUUGAGGAAAGUAAUAGACAAGGGGAUUCUAAGGCAGAUGGUAGUGGGAUUGUAUGGGAUCUCGAGAGGUUAGGAAAUCUUUCCUAUCAGUUAGCUGGUAAGAAACUUAUUUUUGCAUUUGAUGGAACAUGCUCAGAGUUCAUGCACGCGGCUGGAAAUUUUACCCUCCUCAAUCUGGUUGACCCAUUGUCCGCGGCUGCUUCUCCUAUUGGAGGAAUACCACGUUUCGGGCGCCUGGUGGGAAAUGCGACUAUCUGCAGACAAAAUGUGAUUGGCAAUACUAUCCGCCAUGUGGGAGGAAUGGCUGUUGUAAUUGCACUUGUUGAGGCUGCUGAAUCUAGGGAUAUGUUACAUAUGGCUCUUUCAUUGCUUGCAUGUGCCCUUCAUCAGAAUUCUCAGAAUGUAAAGGAUAUGGAAACAUACAAGGGCUAUCAUUUACUAGCUCUGUUUUUACGUCCCAAGAUGGCCCUUUUUGACAUGCAAUGUUUGGAGAUGUUUUUCCAGAUUUCUGCAUGCGAAGCGUUCUUUUCAGAGCCAAAGAAGUUGGAGAGGGGACAGACUACCAUUAGUAUGUCACCUACUAAGAAUAUGCCCGAAAACAAUUAUGAGGAUAUUAGUCUGUCAAAGUUUCAAUCUGAAACUUCUUCAGUUGGAUCUCAUGGAUAUAUGGAUGAUUUUUCAGCGCCC